AUGACUGAGACAAGUGUUACUUCAAGUGGGGGUGAGGGAGGCAAGACGGACAAAGACCAGCAGCAUGGUGCACCGCCCGGUAUUCUUGUCUCUCAAACCUCUUCUGCCCUCUUCUCUGCUGCGUUGCGUGAUGCCGCCCGUUCUACUCUUGGUAAUGAAG